ACCUUCAAUGAUGUGCACAGAUGCCCACAAAGGAAAGAUAACAAAUUAGUGACUGCAAAAAGAAUAGCUAUGAAGUAUGAAAAGCUAAUCAGAGCCAACCCAUGUUGGAGGAUAGAUAGCCUGAAAUCUCAUAUUGCAGAGGAAAUGUUUGCUGAUGUUAGCAUUCUUUAAGUAAAGAGAGCUAAGAAGCUUGAGAUGCUAAAGUGGCUUGAUGCAACAAAGGGACAGUAUGGUAAAAUAUUUGAGUAUCAAGCUGAAUUGCUAAGAAGUAAUCCUGGAUCAACUGUUGUUGUCAAGCUUGAACCUAAUAUUGAAGUACCUACCUUUCAAAGAAAUUAUGUGUGCCUAGACGCCAUAAAGAAGGGAUUCAUGGCUGGAUGUAGGAGAGUAAUAGGCCUUGAUGGUUGCUUCUUUAAAGGCGCAACCAACGGAGAGCUAUUGUGUGCUUUAGGGAGGGAUGCAAACAAUCAAAUGUACCCAAUAGCAUGGGCAGUGGUGGAAAAGGAGAAUAAUGAAUCAUGGGAUUGGUUUUGUUAUCUGUUAUUUAGGGAUGUGCUAAUGGGUGAUGGUACUGGGUGGGUGAUAAUUUCUGACCAGCAAAAGGGCAUUAUCAAUGCUGUAAGCUUUUGGGCACCACAGGCUGAACAUAGAAACUGUGCAAGGCAUAUCUAUGCCAAUUGGAGGAAAACCUACAAGACAAAGGAGUGGCAGAAACUCUUUUGGAGAUGUGCAAAGGCACCAAGUGUGCCUUUGUUCAAUUUGGCCAGAGCUAAGCUUGCACAGAAAACUAGAGAUGGAGCUGAUGCUAUCCUUAAAACAUCCCCUGAACACUGGUCCAGAGCUUACUUCAGAAUAGGAUCUAAUUGUGACAGUGUUGACAACAACAUAUGUGAGAGCUUCAACAAGUGGAUUGUUGAAGCAAGAUUUUUUCCAAUCAUUUCUAUGCUGGAAACCAUUAGGAGGAAGGUAAUGGUUAGGAUCCAGGAACAAAGGACAAAGUGGGACAGAUGGACAGGUUUAAUCUGUCCCAAUAUCAACAGGAAAAUUAAUUCUUACAUCAAGUUGACUGCUAAUUGUGAAGUAAUUUCGAAUGGUGCAGGGAAGUUUGAGGUGAAGUAUUUUACUACUUACAGAUAUACUGUUGAUUUGAAUGAGAGGAAGUGCAGCUGUAGGUACUGGGAACUGUCAGGCCUCCCUUGCCAUCAUGCUAUAUCAUGCAUACACUUGCUUACUAACAAUCUAGAUGCAUAUGUGGCUGAUUGUUAUUCCAUAGAACAUUUUAAGAAGACUUAUGCACAUUGCCUUGAACCUGUUGAAGGCAUGCAACACUGGCCAGCAUCAGAUAAUCCUAAACCAAUAGCUCCAGGGUAUGUGAAGCUUCCUGGAAGGCCUAAGAAAGAGCGUAGAAGAGAACGACAUGAGAAACCUAAAGCAACUAAGUUAUCAAAGGUGGGAACUGUAAGCAAAUGCAGCUGGUGCAAAUGUACUACUCACAACAAGAGAACUUGUGCAGAAUAUAAAACCCAUCUAGUUGUACAAGGAGGAGGCGGACAGGCUAACCCCUCACUGCAUGCACAUGCUAACUCUACACCACUAAUAACACCUGUUAACCCUACACAAAAAGCACCAUCAAGGAAAAACAACAUGGCAAUUGUGCAAGGAUCUCAGGAAAGUUCUGCUGCUACAAAGAAGAUGAAGAAAAAUGACAGCACCCAGCACUCCAAGAUGACUGCAACUUCAGUGAUACACAAUGUCACUUCAGGAAGUGGCACUGAACAUGUUAGUGCCCACGAGCCUAGGAAGAAAAGGAACAAUCUGCCGCAGCUAUGCAUGGAAGAUUGAGACGGCAAAGUUCUGUGGUUUAUUUAUCUUUAUUUUGUUCCUUUUAUGGGCCAUAGACAUGUAAAGACGAUGCUAUGUAUUCAAGGUGUCAGACUUCAUAAUCGCUUGCUCUGAACUCGCUUGUUACAAUGCAGUGAACUCACUAUUGCAUCUAAAAUCAAUAUAAAUAAAUAAUAGCCACAAACCGCAUAAA